AUGGCCUCUACUCUAUUCUUCACUUGUCUCAUUACCUGUUCAGUGUUCUUGCUUACUAUUCCUUGUUAUGUUGCUAAUCAAAAAGUUACUCUCUCGCUUUACUAUGACUCUUUGAGCACAUCUUGUGCUACCUUGAUCAUCGUCAAGAAUCUUGCUAAGAUUUUCGACGAUGAUCUCAUCACCAUUCUCAAUCUCAUAUUGGUUCCUUGGGGUGAUGCAUACGCCAACAAAUCGAACAACAGCACCGCUUUCUGUCAGCAUAGGCCAGAUGGGUGCAAGUUGAAUUUUCUGGAAGCAUGCGCUAUCGAUGUUAUGCAUGAUGUAGUGAGAUAA